AUGCAGGUCGAAACCGUGGCAUGUGUGGAAGAGGCGCCAAGAAUGGAUACCACAACAAUUGAGGGUUGGUUCCCCGGCUCAUGGACAUGGAAACUAAUGGUGCCUCCAGUGAAGGCUGAAGAACAGAAGCAGUCCGUCGGACCUCAUCAGGGUUAUGCUCGUGCAAGUUCAGGAAAUGGACUUCCAUUGAGCAAUCCCAGCCCCGAUGAUGUCAAGGCUCUUCAACAAUACGGAAGCUUUGACUUCAAGCGCUUCACCAGGAGAUGCAGGCAAUAUGAUGUUGAUUCCGAAGAUGAGUUCAACAUGGACCGUGUGGAAAAGUACAAGAAAGUUGUCCAACGCUUUGAAGAGAUUGACUGGAACCUGCUCAAGGUGACGUCGUUGAUGCCAAACACGCGCCCCAUGAUGACAGUUAAGUUCAAAGCGCUGUCCGACUCUGGCUUGAGCAGUGCAAUGUAUGCCUUGACAGAUCGCCCGGAUGGCAACAAAUUGCUACCUUGGGAGAUUUCACUUUGGGGCGUCAUGAUGCGUGGCUUCUGGGCCGUGGGCGUGGACAGCCAGCUCUACAAGGAGCCCCUACGGCGUGGAUUUGGGGCAGUCGCAAGCCGUGACAUUCCACGUGGCGACACCAUCUUGAUCGAGGAGCCUCUUUUGGACCCAAGGCUAAAUGGUGCGGAGCUCUUGCAGGAGGCUGCAAAGGGCAAUCCGAAGGCCACGCCCGCAGAGGCAUGGUUCGCAGAGCACUACCCCUUGAAAGUUGAGGUCGGAAGUGGCGUGCCUGCAAGGAUGCUUGAAAAGCUGCGGCCGCAAGUAACUGUGGUUGCCGUUCGUGGGGUGACAGCGGCUUUUCGCAAGCUUCCAAAGCAAAAGCAGUCUGUCAUCAUGUCCCUCUAUGAUCGGUACGAGUCAGAGCUUGGUGAGAAGACGCCAUACGGUGUGUUCAUGACGAAUUCCUUCGGCAAGGGUGCAGGUGCCAUGCAAGGGGCUUUGUUCAAUUUGAGCAGUCGAGUCAAUCAUUCUUGCAGGCCAAAUGCAUAUCGCAAUUUUGAUCGUGAGCAGAAUCGCUUGCGAUUGUAUGCCUGUCGUGACAUUGAUUGUGGCGAGGAGAUCUGUAUUGCCUAUAAGGAGGUCCUUGCAACUCGUGCAGAGAGGCAGGCAGAGCUUCGCGAGCCCUUCGGCUUUGAUUGUGCCUGUGAGGCAUGCUUGAUGCCAUCUCCGGAGGCCCAGGUAUCAGAUCAAAGACGAUUGCAGAUGCAGGUGCUAGACGAGCGCAUCUUGCAAGAGGGCGCGGUUGAUGCAAGGCACGGUCUGAAGCUGGUGAGAGAGUAUGAGAAGUUGUACCAGGCCGAACAGCUCCAAAUGCCUGUGAUCGAGCAGCGCUUCUGCUACGACGGCUUCCAGUUCGCUGCGGCGCUGGGCGACAUAAAUGCUGCCAGGGCUUGGAUGGACCGAGUUGUGCGGGCGAGCAAGAUGAUCGAGAUGCCCGGCAGUGCUACUCUGCAGAAGCACCUCCAGUUGCAGCGCAACGUUCAGGCUUGGAAGAUCUUUCCAUUCUUGGAAGAUCUUGAACAAGUUUGGCUUCAAGUCUUCACUGAGCUGCAGAUCAAGCUGGCGCAGGGCGCCAAACCGGGCGAGGGAGGCGAGCUGCCAGGCUACAAGGUCAUCGGCAAGAUUGCCGAAACCCGCAAAGCCACACCCGGCGUGGGCUUGAUCUCGCCGCCUCCUCACCACGACAUGUACUCGAUCGAGGACGUGGCGCAGCUGAUCAAGGAUCUGAAGAACGCCAACCCGGCAGCACGCAUCUCCGUGAAGCUUGUGGCCCGACUUGGCAUUGGAGUCAUCGCCUCCGGCGUCGUGAAGGGCAAGGCGGAUCACCUCACCAUCUCGGGCAUGUCCGGUGGCACCGGCGCAGCGAAGUGGGGUUCCAUCAAGCACUGCGGCCUUCCUUGGGAAAUCGGCCUGGCGGAAACGCACCAAACCCUGGUCCUCAACGGCCUUCGUAAUCGAGUGACCUUGCAAACAGACGGCCAGGUGCGAACAGGUCGGGAUGUUGUGAUCGCGGCCAUGCUGGGAGCCGAGGAGAUUGCCAUGACGACUGCUCCGCUCAUCACCCUCGGAUGCAUCAUGAUGAGGAAGUGCCACUUGAACACCUGCCCUGUGGGUGUGGCGACGCAGGAUCCGGAACUGCGCAAGAAGUUCACAGGACAGCCGGAGCACCUCAUCAACUACAUCUUCAUGGUCGCUGAGGAGGCGCGCGAGAUCAUGGCUUCUCUCGGAAUCAAGAAGUUCAACGACCUCAUCGGACGCACCGAUCUCCUGCGGCCCAAGGGAUAUCUGAAGGACAACCCGAAGACCGCCGACUUGGACUUCGCGGACCUCCUGAAGCCGGCCUGGACCAUGGAGAACUCCAUGAGCAACAUCGCCGAGCUGCCGAUGUAUUGCUGCGAGCCGCAAGACCAUGAGCUGGCUCAUGCCUUGGACCAGAGCCUCAUCUCCCGCUGCGCCCCGGCGCUGCAGGACAAGGAGAAGGUCCACCUGAAGGGCAUCAACAUCAACAACGUGGACCGCUCAGUGGGAGGCAUCCUCAGCUUCGAGGUCAGCAAGAAGUUCGGUGCAGUCGGACUCCCCGAUGGCACCCUGCACGUGUCCUUCAUUGGCAGCUCAGGACAGUCCUUCGGAAACUUCCUGGCUCCUGGUAUCACUUUCGAGCUCGAGGGCGACGCCAACGAUUACAUCGGCAAGGGCCUGAGCGGAGGCACGCUGGUCGUGUACAAGCCCAACCAGGCUCCCUAUGCGUCUCACGACGCCAUCAUCGCGGGCAACGCCGCGCUCUACGGAGGCACCGCCGGCAAGGCCUUCUUCGCCGGUAUCGCUGCCGAGCGCUUUGCCGUGCGAAAUUCCGGGGCCACGGCAGUCUGCGAAGGCGUGGGAGAUCACGGCUGCGAGUACAUGACCCGUGGUACGGUCAUCGUCCUGGGACAGAUGGGAUCCAACUUCGCAGCAGGCAUGAGUGGAGGCAUCGCUUACAUCCUGGACAUGCAGGAGGCCAUGUGUAACAAGGCAAGUGUCUUCUUGGAGGCAAUCGAGGAAGAGGAGGACAAGAAGUUGCUGAAGGAGCUCGUCACAGAGCACCAGCAGUACACCGGAAGCAAGGUGGCCUCCGAUCUCCUGGCAAAGUGGGCCGACUCCCUGAAGCGCUUCACCAAGGUCUUCCCGAAGGAGUACAAGAAGGCUCUGCUGGCAGCGAAGGAGAAGGCUCCUGCGGAGGCGCCGGCGAAGUCUGCACCCAGCCCUCCUCCAGCUCCCGGCACGGAUCUCGAGGAUGCUGCAGGCAAGCCGAUCAGCGUUGCCAGCCCGGAGAAGAAGCGCGGCUUCCACGAGUACGAGCGCAAGGCGCUUCCUUACCGUGACCACAAAGAUCGUAUCCUCGAUUGGGAGGAGAUCUAUGCCUCACAGUCCAAGAAGAGCCAGCAGUGGCACAAUUGGAUGCAGACCCAGACGGCCCGAUGCAUGGACUGCGGAACUCCCACGUGCCACAGCCCGAACCAGGGCGGAGGCGGAUGUCCCCUGGGCAACCGCAUCCCCACUUGGAAUCAGCUGGUGCACGAGGGCGAGUGGAAGCGAGCCCUGGAGCGAUUGCUUGAUACCAACAACUUCCCGGAGUUCACAGGCACCACCUGCCCGGCGCCCUGCGAGGAAGCCUGCGUUCUGGGCAUCAACGAGAAGCCGGUGGCCAUCAAAACGACAGAGCUGUCCAUCAUCGAGUAUGGCUUCAGCAAGGGCUGGGUGAAGGCCCAGCCGCCAUUGCAGCGAACGGGCCGCCGCAUUGCUGUCAUCGGCUCAGGACCUGCCGGCCUGGCUGCUGCGCAGCAGCUGAACCGCGCAGGACAUCUUGUCGAGAUCAUCGAGCGCGCUGACCGUCCUGGAGGUCUGCUCAUGUACGGAAUCCCCUCCAUGAAGCUGGACAAGAUCGACAAGGUCCUGCGCCGCAUCAAGCUCAUGCAGCAGGAAGGCAUCACCUUCAAGUGCAACACGGAAGUUGGCAAGGACGUGACCCUGAACGGUCUCUGCAGCCAGAACGAUGCAGUGAUCAUGGCCACCGGUGCAACGAUGUGGCGUGACAUGCGCAACACCGACGGCCGAAACCUGAAGAACGUCGUGCAGGCCAUGGACUUCCUGACAGACACUCAGAAGAAGAACUUGGACACGGAAAUGGGCCUAAAGAACACCAGCACCACCACCUACGACGUGCAGGGCAAGCGCGUGGUAGUCAUCGGCGGCGGCGACACUGCCGUGGACUGCGUGGCCACGUCUAUCCGCCUCGGUGCAAAGAGCGUCCUCCAGUUCUCGCGACGGGAUGCCGCACCCAAGGAUCGGCCAAAGCACACCCCCUGGCCCUGCUGGGCGGACACGUACCGAGCCUCUCCUGCAAUUCAACAUGGGAGUCGCGCUUUUGGGCACUGA